AUGGGGCACCCUGACUCCCAGAAAGACUUCCACUGGGUCUACACUGAGCAGCCUCACACCCGCAGGGGCAAAGACAUCCUGGCCAAGUAUCCAGAGAUAAAAUCCUUGAUGAAACCUGAUUACAACUUGAUACGGAUUAUAAUAAUGAUGGUUCUCACCCAGUUUGUUUCAUUUUAUUUUGUAAAGGACUUGGACUGGAAAUGGGUCAUAUUUUGGGCCUGUGUCUUUGGCAAUUGCAUAAAUCACUCAACGAUUCUGGCGAUUCAUGAACUGUGCCAUAAUUUUCCCUUUGGCCACCACAAGUCACGGUGGAGUUGCUGGUUCGGAAUGUUUGCUAAUCUCCCUAUAGGGCUUCCACUUGCAAUUGCCUUUAAAAGGUUUCACAUGGAUCAUCACCAAUACCUGGGAGUUGAUGGCAUGGAUAUAGCUCUUCCUUCUGAUUUUGAGGGAUGGUUCUUCUGUACCCCUUUCAGAAAGUUUAUAUGGGUCAUUUUUCAGCAUCUCAUUUGGAUUUUUCGAUCUCAGCUUGUGAACCGCAAACCAGUUUCUUACCUAGAAAUCAUCAACAUUAUGUUUCAGAUUUCUUUUGACAUUAUCGUUUACUACAUGUUGGGAAUCAAGUCUUUAGUCUACAUGUUGGUGUCCCCCCUACUUUGUCUGGGUUUGAGCCCACUUUCUGGAUAUUUGAUCACUAAUCAUCACAUGUUCUUUAAAGGACAAGAUACUUAUUCCUAUUAUGGGCCUUUGAAUUUACUCACCUUCAAUGUGGGUUAUCAUAAUGAACAUCAUGACUUCCCAAACAUUCCUGGAAAAAAUCUUCCAUUGGUGAGGAAGAUCGCAGCUGAAUACUAUGACAGCCUUCCCCACUACCACUCCUGGCUGAAAGUCCUGUAUGAUUUUGUGAUGGAUGAUACUCUAAGUCCCUACUCAAGGAUUAAGAGGCCUCCAAAAGGCCAUGAGUCUCUGGACUAAAUGUCCUCCCAGACAAGAGAUUCUCUUCAAAGCUUUAAAAAUAUAGUCUAUAAAGUGAAGUGUUUUGCAUUAUUAAGCUUAAGACCACU